UGUGAUUGAACUCUAGAUACAAAACUUGGGAGCUGUGACGACUCUUAAGUACAAGCCAGCACACUCCUUUCCCUGUGAGAACACCCUAAAUGUCUCCUAAGUUAUCUCUUUCUGUGCAAAAUUCUUUUUCAGAUUCCGUGUCCAUCCCAGUCACCUGCUGUUAUGAUGUGGCUCAUCAGAAGGUUCACGUGCGGAGGCUGAAGAGCUACAGGAGAAUCACCAGCACCCAGUGUCCCCGGGAAGCUGUGAUCUUCAGGACCAUACUGGAUAAGGACAUCUGUGCUGACCCCAAGAUGAAGUGGGUUAAAGAUGCCAUAAAGCGCUUGGACCAGAAGUCUCUAUCUCAGCAUCCUUGAACCUUUGUGUCUAAGCUGAGAGUCCCAGUAAAUCUUAUGUAUACUCCCCCCAACCUUCCCCAAGAGCAGCGGGAUAUGUAAUUUAUUAUGAUAGCUGAAGAGCUGUGCCUUUAAUAAUUUAAAACACAGACUUCCUUGAGUAAUAUUUAAUGGUAUUUAAAUUAUAUUUUAGCCAAGUAAAUGGAAUUUAACUUACAAACUGUGUGUUUAUUUU